AUGGUCGCCUUGGAGAACGGGGAGCUGGGGCCUCUCCUUUCCGCUGGCACCCUGCGUGGUUUGGAAGAUGAAUGUGUCACUGAUGUGAAGACUCAGACCCGAGCAGCCCUCCUUCAAGUGCUGCAGGAAGACGAGGAACAGUGGGGCAGCUUGGACUACAGGCCCAGCAACCUGGCCCAAGAUGUCUGUGAGCUUCUGGAAGAACACACAGAGAGAGCACCCCGUAUCAGUCAGGAGUUUGUGGAGAGAAUGGCACACUGCUGCCUGGGAGGGCUGGCAGAGUUCCUGCAGAGCUUUCAGCAGCGAGUGGAGCGGUUCCACGAGAACCCAGGGAUCCGAGAACUGCCCUCUGAAACCUACAUCAGUAGGACUAUCUCGCUGGUCAACUGUGGGCCCCCCCUGAGGUCUCUGGCUGAGCGACUGGCCAGGGUGGGGCCCCCUGAAAGUGAGCCGGCCCGGGAAGCUUCGGCCAUCGCUUUGGACCGUGUGACCCGACUCUGCCAUCGUGUCCUUGCUGAGUUGUUAUUCCAGGAACUACAGCCGCACUUCAACAAACUGAUGCGCAGGAAGUGGCUGAGCAGCUCUGAGGCUCUGGAUGGCAUCGUGGGCACACUUGGCGCCCAGGCCCUGGCCCUGCGCAGAAUGCAGGAUGAGCCUUACCAGGUGCUGGUGGCCGAACUGCACCGCCGGGCGCUCGUGGAGUACGUGCGGCCACUGCUGCGCGGGCGCCUGCGGUGUCGCUCUGCGAGGACCCGCAGUCGAGUGGCCGGGAGGCUCCGUGAGGACUCAGCGCAGCUGCAGCGGCUGUUUCGGAGGCUGGAAUCCCAGGCUUCCUGGCUCGACCAGGUGGUGCCGCAUUUGGCCGAGAUCCUGCAGUUGGAGGACACUCCGAGCAUCCAGGUGGAGGUCGGGGUGCUGGUGCGCGACUACCCAGACAUCAGGCGGAAGCAUGUGGCAGCCCUACUGGACAUCAGAGGACUUCGGAACACAGCUGCCCGCCAGGAGAUUCUGGCGGUGGCCCGGGACCUGGAACUAUCUGAAGGUGGUACCCUAUCACCAGCUCGGGACCGCGCCUUCUUUGCUGACAUUCCGGUGCCCCGCUCAUCCUUCUGCCUUGGCCUCCCUCUCUUCUUGGGACGCUUCCCUCUCUCCCGGCUGGCCAGGCCCAAUCUGGCUUGUCUGCCCCUGCGGCCUCGUCCUCCAUCGUCAGUUAGAGCCCGAGCCCAACGCUGAGGCUCCUGGUGCCCACGUUGCUGCGGAGAUACCCUCCUCCCUUCCACGUGACUCCUUGCCUGAGACACAGACCUCCGGGAUGGCAGGUGCUUUAGAUCUCCCACCCAGCCCGGAGUGUCCCCUCUAGAAGGGAAACAGAGGCCAGGAUGAGUAAAGAGUUCCCCAAGGCUGCCGAGGUCAUUCCCAGCACCCUCUUUCCCCAUAGCCCAGCAUGGCGGAGAGCCUUCUGGAAGGCUCUACACAAAUAUCCCCGCCCACCUCCUUUCCCCUCACCUCAAGGUCUGGCCCCAAUCCAACGUACUAAGGAACGGUAGAUACUUAGAAUAAAGAGGUUUCUAUUUAACACUAGGAAGGGCUGAGUCCCAAGUGCAGGGGAGGGAAGACAGGGCCCAGGGCCAAGCACUCUUUGCACACACCCAAGGCCACCAGGGCUGGGGUCCAACUCCUGGGGAGGACAGUGAACGUGGGCAGAAGCCGUAGGAGGCCAGACACUGCCCAGUUGCCCGUUGAUACUGAGUCCUUGCUCCUUGUGGCUCUGAGGCAGCUGCUUGACCGCUCUG